GAAUGCAGUUGACCGAAAACCAAACCGCAUUGAGGCUUUGCCCGCAGACACAAGAGCACAUUUACACAUUACAUAAGAGCAGGAUGCAUUCCAUGGGAUUCCUUGUGGCACUUUCCAUCUGCCUGACGACGAUGAUGCUGCCAGUGCUGGCAUCCCCACUCACAGCAACAGCAGCAGCAGCAGAAGCAGCUCCGACCACAGUCAGACCAAAGCUCAUCAUCGUGGAGGAGGAGUCGGAGUCAGAGCCGAUGAGAUAUCAGUUCAUCACCGAACACCGUCCGACGACAUUGGGCCAGAACUAUUACAUUAAGCCGGGCCAGAUAGUUGGCAGCAUUAACCUUGGUUCGGAGAGCUUGCAUGUGCGGCAUGAUGAGGAGAACGGCCUCAAGCCCAUAGCCAGCAAGCACAACAUCCUGUUUGUGGCAUAUGCCAAGGAUUUGCAGCAGAAGACUUUGGCCAAGGUGUAGAUCUCCAUCGACCCUAGAAAUGCACAAUAAAUCGAUGUUCUUUAAUACAAAAA